AUGCCGGAUUCCGGUGGUGGUGGUUGUUGUAGGUGUUGUUGUAGCUUCAUAUUCACUUUAGGCCUAACAGCGCUUUUUAUGUGGCUAAGCUUACGUACUACAUCACCUGAUAUUCGACUUAGCAAAUUUAACAUGCCUCUUAACCAAACCUUAAGCUCUCGAAACCUUACAUCCCUUGAGUUUGAACUGACACUUAAAAACACCAACAAAGACAAGGGUGUGUACUAUGAUCCUGUAAAUGUUACAUUUUUUGACAGUCCAAAUAGGUCCCACGUUCUUGGGAAUUUCACUAUACCAAAGUUCUAUCAGGGGCAUAAAAAGAAGGCUACAAAGAGUGGUACCGUUUCAACUAUUGACCGCGGUGUGGUUUCCCGGGCGGUUCCGGCGAAUGCGACUGCCCUUUUCCGGGUUGAUUUGGCUACUUCAGUGAGGUACAAGAUUCUUAUGUUCAAAACUAAGAGGCAUAAGAUCAGGGUAGGGGCUGACGUAGAAGUCAAUGGUACCAUUGCUAAAGUCAACACAAAAGAUCUAAAGCUCAAGUCCAAUGCAGAUAAGAUUAGGAGCUAUUGUGGGCAAAUGGCACUAAGGAUUUACAGAAUCUGCUUCGAAAAUCUUGCCAUUCCGGACUCGGAAAGGACUAAACUUUCCUCCGAGGACAGUCGAGACUCCAGGUAG